CAGCAUGGGGGCGCAGCCUUCGUAGCCUUAUCGCAAGCAAGCCGUAUCGACCCGCGCGCGUCGCCCGCCAUCUUUCUUCGCGCAUGCGCAAAAUAUUGCGACAAAACUGACGUUUCGGCACACCAGUGCGAACCGACUAUCCCGCAAAUGUGUAGAUAAUUUUGUAAAUACAACUCCAGUGAUAAUUGUACCAUGCCUGUGCUUGUGUAAAAGAGGAACGGAACUAGAGCCAGCAUCAUGAUCGACCCAAGCUCAUCCGAAGAAGACAGUGAGGAUGAACAUAAGAAGCAACCCACCAAAUUACCAGUCGUGCCUCCUGGAGCAUUGGUCGGUGGUCGCCCGUCUGUCCGUGGCAAACCUGAGCUACCCAGAGGAUCAACAGCUGGUCUACCAGGUGCAAGUCCGUUAACAACUGCACCUCAUGCAGCACCUCUACAUCCAGCUACAAGACAGAGAGAACAAGCAGCCCUAGCACCACCACCUCAUGCAUCGUGUAGAUCGUUCUUGCGCAGGACAUCAACGGGGAGUGCCAGCUCGGGGGAGGCACCCGCCCCCUCCCCCAGCCCAUCCGGCGCCAGUCACUCCGACAAGGACCAAGAUCCUCAGGAAAAGAUCGAAAAACUAGAAGAGGAUAAGAAACGCCGCCUCCAAUUGUACGUGUUUGUGUCCCGAUGCAUCGCCCACCCGUUCAAUGCUAAACAACCGACAGACAUGACGAGACGCCAUACGAAACUCACUCCUCAUCAGCUCGAGACCAUACAAGCCAGGUUCCAGGCUUUCCUCAAAGGAGAAACACAAAUAUUAGCCGACGAAGCAUUCCAAAACGCGGUACAAUCGUACCACGAUGUGUUUCUCAAAUCAGAAAGAGUUGAACAGAUGGUGAAAUCCGGCGCGUGUUCGCACCACGAUUUUCGCGAAGUCUUCAGAAAUAACAUUGAGAAGAGAGUCAGAUCCCUGCCGGAGAUCGAUGGGUUAAGUAAAGAGACGGUACUAUCGUCCUGGCUAGCUAAGUUCGACUGCAUUAUGAAGGGAACGGGAAUUACAGGAAUACCAGGAGAUGAUGAGUCCAAAAGGCCGUCCCGAGCGCAGCAGCAGAGCCUCAACGCGGAGUGCAUCCUCAGCAAGGAGCAGUUGUACGACAUGUUCCAGCAGAUCCUGGGAGUGAAGAAGUUUGAACAUCAACUGCUGUUUAAUGCUUUGCUUUUGGAUUCAGCGGAUGAACAAGCGGCCGCCAUAAGAAGAGAACUCGAUGGAAGAAUGCAGAAAGUUAAUGAAAUGGAGAAGAACCGAAAACUGAUGCCCAAAUUCGUGCUGAAAGAAAUGGAGUCCCUGUACAUCGAAGAGCUGAAGUCCUCAAUCAACCUGCUGAUGGCCAACUUGGAGUCCCUCCCCGUGUCCAAGGGUGGAGCGGACUCGAAAUAUGGCCUCCAUAAAAUCAAGCGGUAUAAUCACAGAUCGAACGCCGGACCAGAUCCGAGUCCAAGGUUGAGUAAGCAGCUAUGUUUCAGAUCACAAGGCUCUCUAGCUAACAAGCUGACGGGAGAAGCCGACGGUGAAGCCGACACACAACUGACGAAAAUGGACGUAGUGCUUACGUUUCAAAUUGAGGUGGUUGUUAUGGAGGUAAAAGGUCUGAAAUCAUUAGCACCCAAUAGAAUAGUGUACUGUACAAUGGAGGUGGAAGGCGGCGACAAACUGCAGACCGACCAGGCAGAGGCUUCGAAACCCAUGUGGGACACCCAAGGAGAUUUCAGUACUACCCAACCAUUACCAGCUGUGAAAGUUAAGUUAUACACCGAAAACCCUGGAGUCCUCGCUUUGGAGGAUAAGGAACUGGGAAAAGUAGUGCUCAGGCCGACGCCUCUUUCCAGCAAGGCUCCAGAAUGGCAUCGUAUGACAGUACCUAAAAACUUACCGGAUCAAGAUCUGAGGAUCAAGAUUGCCUGCCGUAUGGAUAAACCACUUAAUAUGAAGCAUUGUGGCUACCUCCACGUGAUAGGCAAGAACGUGUGGCGCAAAUGGAAGCGUCGCUACAUGGUGCUGGUGCAAGUCAGUCAGUAUACCUUCGCGCUCUGUUCGUACAAGGACAAGAAGUCGGAGCCCGCGGAAAUGAUGCAGCUUGACGGCUUCACUGUUGACUACAUAGAGCUGGCCAGCGCUCAACUGAUAGUCGGUCAAGAGCUGGAAGGCGCUAAAUACUUCAUGAACGCUGUGCGCGAUGGCGAGUCUGUCCUCAUGGGCGUGACGGAUGAAAACGAGUGCCAUCUGUGGGUCAUGGCGUUGUACCGCGCCACGGGACAGAGCCACAAGCCCACACCGCCCACGACCUCCGACACGCACCAUAAGAUCAUGGGAGACGCGGACAAGGCUCGUAAACACGGCAUGGAAGACUACAUCCAGGCUGAUCCGUGUCAAUUUGAUCAUCACCAACUGUUCUGCAUGCUUCAGUCUUUGACGCUGAAGUAUCGUCUCCAAGAUCCUUACUGUUCAUUGGGCUGGUUCUCCCCUGGCCAAGUAUUCGUCCUAGAUGAAUACUGCGCGCGUUACGGAGUCCGCGGCUGCUUCCGCCAUCUUUGCUACCUCUCAGACCUCCUGGACGUGGCCGAGAGUGGCCAGCAGACCGUGGACCCCACCCUCAUGCACUACUCCUUCGCAUUCUGCGCCAGUCAUGUGCAUGGGAACAGAGUAAGCCCUACGGAAGACGUGGUUCACAGUACCGCGACGUUGCCUGGCAGGCCAGACGGCGUGGGCAGCAUCACCGUGCAAGAGAAGGAGAAGUUCGCCGAGAUCAAGGAACGGCUGAAGGCAUUGUUGCAGCACCAGAUCACCAACUUCAGAUACGCGUUCCCGUUCGGAAGGCCCGAGGGGGCGUUGAAGGCAACCCUGUCCCUUUUGGAACGGGUGCUGAUGAAGGACGUGGUGACCCCAGUCGCGCCGGAGGAGGUCAGGGCGAUGAUACAGACCAGCUUGGAGAAUGCAGCGCUGUUGAACUACACGCAGCUUAGUCAAAAGGCCAAUAUUGAAGAGGAUCUAAGAGGUGAAACAAUGGUUACACCAGCGAAGAAGCUUGAAGAUCUGAUUCAUCUAGCUGAGAUCUGCGUCGAUCUAUUACAACAGAACGAAGAACAUUACGCCGAGGUUUAUAACACAAAACCGGAUUCUAGCGGUCAACAAAAUGCGUUUGCGUGGUUCUCUGAACUGCUGGUGGAACAUGCUGAAAUCUUCUGGGCAUUGUUUGGAGUGGACAUGGACCGAGUUCUAGCAGAACAGCCUCCUGACACCUGGGACUCGUUCCCGCUGUUCCAGAUCUUGAACGAUUACUUGAGGACGGAUGAAAAUCUGAAAGGCGGGAGAUUCCAUGAGCACCUGCGGGACACUUUCGCGCCGUUGGUGGUGCGAUAUGUGGACCUCAUGGAAUCCUCCAUCGCGCAGUCCUUGCACAAGGGAUUCGAGAAGGAACGAUGGGAGAUAAAGGGUAACGGCUGCGCGACGAGCGAGGAGUUGUUCUGGAAGCUGGACGCGCUGCAGUGCUUCAUCCGCGACCUGCACUGGCCCGAGCCCGAGUUCCGCUCGCACCUCGAGCAGCGCCUCAAGCUCAUGGCCAGCGACAUGAUGGAGACCUGCAUACAGAGGACCGAGGCUUCCUUCCAGUCGUGGCUGAAGAAGAGCGUGACGUUCAUGUCGACGGACUACAUCCUGCCGGCGGAGACCUGCGCGAUGGUCAACGUGGCGCUCGACGCCAAGAACCAGGCGCUCAAACUCUGCGCCGUCGAGGGAGUUGACAUUGAUUUACCGGACAAUAUAUUAAUAAUGCAGUACCAGUACCACGCUAAGAUGGACGCCCAGAUAGAGGCGUGCCUACAGGCGAUGGCGACCGGGAUGACCACGCGGCUGUCUGCCGUCCUCGAGGCCACGCUGGCCAAGAUCGCGCGGUUUGAUGAGGGGAGUUUGAUCGGGUCGAUCCUGACCAUCGCCAACGUGUCCGGCUCCGGCAAGGACAUCGGCCAGGGCUACGUCAACUUCAUGAGGAACUCCAUGGAUCAGAUCAGAUCUAAGGUGACGGACGAGCUGUGGAUCCUGCAGCUGUUCGAGCAGUGGUACGGCAUCCAGAUCAACCUGAUCAGCACGUGGCUCGCCGAGAGGCCCGUGCUGCACCCCCACCAGGUCACCGGCAUCUCCAUCAUCCUCAAGAAAAUGUACAGCGACUUCGAACUGCAAGGCGUUAUCGACGACAAGCUCAACUCGAAGACAUACCAGAACGUGGCGGCCAGAAUGCACACCGAAGAGGCCACUUGCAGCCUACUUCUCACGCAGCAGGACGCCAGUGGUGGUGACGACGGCGGCUCGGAGGAAGGCUCGAGGAGCGGCAAGUCCAAACUCGAAGCGCUCACUGAGGAAGCCAAGCUUGGCAACGUCACCGCUGUUGUUGGCAAGGUUGGAAAUAUGUUCGGACGCGGUAUCGGCGAGCUGUCGACGAAGCUGGGAGGCCCGUCGUCUUGGUUUUAGCGUAUCACAAGCAAUCACGUCAUAACUUUGCAUUAUAUCGACGUCAAAAGUUGAAACGAACAGCGUUUUGUUACUGCAUCGCAACAAACGACUAAACAACCACAACAACUAAACCGAUGCAAUGACAAAAAUGCUCAUACAUUCUGUGAUUGAAAUGAAAAUAAAAUAUAUUGGAUUACACGCCGCCAUUUUGACAACGUAUUAUCCAACAAAAUGGCGGCUCAAUCGCUAGGUAUAUCAUAAGUGGCCAGUUAACGCAUAGCUUAGUGUGAUUACAUAGUGUUAAAGAGAAAAAGGUUAGAUUUUAUUUUAUAAAGAAAGCUUUAUGUACAGAUAGACAAUUUCAUUCAUUUAUUGGGACAUAUAAAUUGUGGGCGCGAUUCUUGUAAUGUAAACCUACAACUGGUGGUCUUUAAUGCAGUUUUCUUUCAUGGUGGGUCAAGACCCACCAUAGACCACACUCGAUUCGUGCCCUAUAGUUACUAAAGUAGUGUUCAAAAACACAAUCAAAGUAUAAUUACAAAAAUAUAUUAUUGCAUAUAACACAAUGCUACAAUAAGAAUACAUAUCGCUUUGGCAAAAAUAAUAAUAAUAUGUUAAUAAUUUGUCAGUAUAUUGUAAUAUUUACAAAAAUAAAAUAUAUUAAAACAUGUAAUAAUGGAAUGAUAUGAGGCGUGUGGUGCGGGUGAUGUCGAGUCUCUCGAGUGACGUUACGUUUGAACAACUUUAAAUCUUGUUAAAAUCUGUUAUUUUCGCAUGGUAACACUUUCGAAUAAUUUACGAGUGUUUGUGCACGUUUAUUAAAAGUUUUCAAAACUCGCUCUCUAUCUUCAAAAUAUUUUUCUAAACUAAACACUUCUCGAUGCUUAAAUUCCUUGCAUUUUUAUAAAAGCGCCAAAAUAUAUUCCUUGACAGGUAUUAUUUUUCGAAGUUAUUGCCAACAAUAAAAAUUAACCAAUUUUGUGGUAGAUUUCUUUGUUUUUAUAAGAAUGCAAUGUUUGCAACUUUUCGCUAUAGUAUAAUAAUUACAAUCUAGCAACACUUUAUCUCGAUUAGUGAAAAUAUACCUAUUUAUAUAUAAAAAUAUAUUAAACUAUUGAUAGCUGUAUUUGUUAUCCAAAUAAUAUUCUUCUACGCUAAACACAUUACAAAUUUUUGAACUAGGAAAAAUUAAACGUUCUCUAGAUGAAAAUAUGUUUAAAGAAUAGCGUAUAGUCGCUAUGCUGUGACGCCUUAUCUCAACUGUAUGGAAACGUGUGUCGGAGGAGUCGUUUCAUGGUUUUUAUCAUAUUUUCUUUCACUACACUUUCUCCUAAACAUUCAUGGGUCCAAAACUUGGUUCCCCUAGUUGUAGAGUCUGUCAUUAGUUAACUUCAAUGCAUCUAUUGAAAAGGAAGUGAAGAUUUGUAUCGCCAUAGAAUGAGUAGAUGGAGACUUUGUAAAGAGAUUUUUACGCCAUAAACAAUAGAGUGAGAUCACGUAAAUAGGUCGGUAAAAGCACAGUUAUCGUAUUGGAAGUAGAUUCAUUUAUCAAGGGCAUUAAAACAGUAUUUGCAAGAAACGUUAUAAUUUUGACGGAAAGCCGUUUUAUUUUUAAAUUUAAACUUCGCUGUAAAAUUGCAGUUCACACGAAAAUUAUAUUUGCGUCUUAACAUAUUUUCCUUUUAAAUACGGAUACGUUAUGCUCAUUUAAAUAUAAAUAAUUAGUCUUAAUAUUGAGAUACGCAAUUUUUGAUUCUAUCUAACUGUUACCUUUUGGAAUACUAAUAAUUUCUAGUGAUUUCAUCUUUAAAAUACUUAUUAUAAUUGAAGGUACUUUACAUGUUCUCAUUUCACUGAGUUGUUAUGAAUUAAAAAUAUAUACUGCCUCGGUGGCGUAGUUGUAUUGCAUGUCCGGUACAAUACCGCUCUGAGGUCCUGGGUUCGAAUCCCGGGUCGGGCAAAGUGAUAUUUGGGUUUUUCUGCUCAGUAUCAGCCCGGAGUCUGGAAUUUGUGCCCGAUAUGGCGAUAGGCUCGCCCCCUAUCACAUCAUGGGACGGAACAUACUUGGCGAAAAGUGGGUGCCCUAGUUGCGUCUCUGCAUAGCCCUUCGGGGAUAAAAUGCGUGAUGUUAUGUAUGUAUGUAUGUAUGUAAAAAUAUAAAAAAAGUGUAAUGUUUAUGUUCUUAGGAUAAUUUUUAUUCAACAUUAAAAAACCUCUUUGCAUGUUAGAUAAACUUAAUUUUAUAUUUAGAACAUAUUUUUGCCACCAAUCCACACAAGGUAUUUUACUGGCAUAAGUGUCAUAAUGUUACCACUUAAAAAAAACUACCAAAUCGGUAAAAAAAAAAUAUAAAUUUCAUGUGAACUGCUUAUCAUUUAAUUCACGAGGCACCGAGGUAAAAGAAGGAAAACGUCAGUUCUGUAGUGUUUAAGUGCAUUGUAAGGCCCGACUGAAGCUGCAAAGCGUAGUACAUGCUUGACUUAUUUCGCUACUGGAAACUUGUUAUGGCGUACAAAUAAAAUCUUGUGCCUAUCUUAACGACAGCUCUUUGUGACGCCAUGACGAGUUUUCGGCAAAGCUUCGAAAUGCAGAGUGCAUCGCGUGUGUAAAGGGAUACAAUAAAAAAUAUUUACAAUAAAAAUGUUUACUGUUCC